AUGUCUUUUCUUGUAAAAAAUUUAUAUGAAUUUACGUUUGCUGGUAUUAAUUACCAAAUUUAUCUUGUAUUAAAAAAGUAUAAAAAUAUGACACCAGAAACUAAUACAGAUGAGAAGGAUAAUGGCUUAAUUUAUAACGAUAUUGAUGGAAAAGUUUAUGAUGAGGAAAAAAAUACCGAAAAAAAAUAG